AUGGACUUUAAUAAUGGUAAGCCUAAUUUUUCAUAUCAGUAUAAUAAAAAAAGAUCUAACGUUUUAAAGCCUUUUGUUGAUAAAGACCAUCCACUACAUAGUUUUUUUUUCCCUAGAGAAUGGGCUAUUCGAAUACCUGUUAUCUUACUCUUAACAUGUUUUGUGAUCGUCACAAGUUUUAUGGCUAUAGUGAUGAUUAAAAGUAAUUCUUUAAAAUUAAAAAAAAAAAAAAAUCAAUCAAUUAAUCAUAUCAAAGCAUAUCAUUUACCGAUAUCAUAA